GAGGGAUGAAUUGAGCAGGGAUUCCGUCUCCUCCUCCUGCCGCUGCGGUGGCUGCCUGCGGAGCAGUGCAUUGUGGAGACUGAGCACGCUGCAGCUGCUGGAGCUGCAGCCCCGGGAUCGCGCGGCAGGGAGCUGUCCGAGGUGCUGACUUCCCCGGCUUGCAGCCGGCCGGCGCCCGGCGCGCGCACCUGCACCGGACCCCUCCAAAUCCUAGCCUUCCUCCACACUCCGUCUGACUGCCUGCCUUUCUUUACCUAGGGCGUAGCGGCUGGAGGAAAUCAUGGUGUUCGCUCCAGGUGAGAAAACUGGAAAUGAGCCUGAAGAGGUGAGGUUGCAGAAAGCCAGCAAACAGAUUGUGCAGAAUGCCAUCCUGCAAGCUGUGCGACAAGUCUCCCAGGAGAGUCGGCUGAAGGAAGAGAGAAACAGUGAUAACCGGGGCAACUUCCAGCUAGGUGUGGGGGAAUUGACCAAGAAGCAUGAAAAGAAGUAACACAGUGGAUCUGGCGCUUGUCAUAUGCUUGUCUUCCAGACUUCCUCUUAGUAUAGGAUGCAUUGCCAUAAUGUUGCCAGUAAAGCAAACCAAAGUGUCAUUGGCCCCUAGCUGUAAAAUGAUUUCAUACUAGCCCUUGGUUCAGAAGCACUGUUUUCAAAAAGUGCAUUAGAUGAUUCUGUUUAUAUUAAUGCAGUGCCUUUGACACACUGUGGGGUGAAACAAGACACUGUAACUGCAAAAGUAGUUUUGCAGCACAAUUUAUUUUUAAAGUUCUUUUUAACAAAAUAGUUCUGUCUUGUUUAUUUACUUCUGCCUUUUAUGUAUUCUUUCUGUGACCUUCACCAGCAGCCCCUUUUGCUGUAGUACCGAGUAUAGUACUGUGUUCAUUAUAUUUUUAAAGACUUUCUGGAAAAGGGAAAGAAUGAAGUUUCAGUCACUUUCAAAUAUGGAGUUGAAGGUCAAAUUAAGCAGAGGCAAAGUCUAACACUGGAUCUUAUCAAGGCAUAUAUUUAUAUUACUUUUUAAAAAGGAGAAGUGUAGCUUUUUAAGAACUAUCUUUUAGUUUCAGUUGUUUGAUAAUUGGUGUUUACUCUCUGUGCAGAAAUCAUUUGGAAAUAUUGUGGAUUUUUUUCAUCUCAAAAUUAAAAUAAGACAAGUACAUCUAUAAUAUGCAUAAGCUGUCAAUGACUCAGUUCUUUACCAGCCCCAUCAGUAGCCACUAGAAUUGUAGAUUCCACCCUAGAGAUGCACUGUGGUCUGUUUCUGAGGUGCAGUGUCUCUAAAAAGGUCUGUGGGGCCUAUAAAUGCCAUGUUGCCAUCAGGCUAUGCAUUUGCCCUAGUGCAUUGCUAAUAAGAACUUUCCUUUUCCCAUUCACAAAUUAGAAUUAUUUUCUUGAGAUUAUGAAAAUCAUAUAUAUCAGAAAUGAUUAAUAAUUAAAAUGGAGAGGCCAUUAAAAAACUCUCUGAAGCAUAAAAAUACAGUGGGAACAAUAAAGUGACAGUAUUGUGAAUGCAGUGACAAUGAUGUAUGCGUGUAUGAAUAAAGCUCCUUAUUGCAACAGUAUGACUUCUGCUUCAUUUCCAUGUGGAUAAUGCAGAUCUUUCUGGAGUUUUUGGAGUCCCAUUUCCUGGGCUUCACAACAGUUAUUGAAUUGGUGUUACUGAGUGAAGAGGAAGAUUUUGACUUGUGUAAUAAACAUUUGGCUUCAGAGUAUCAAUGGUUACAUUUGAUAGUUUUUUUAAAAGCCCAGUAUUUGCAUAUAAAGUAUGACUGUAUUAAGACAUAUUUGUAAAAUUCCAAUGUUACGUAUUUUUCAGAAUGGAUACUACUGAUAGUGAUACAUAAAUGAACACAAUCUCUUAUCAGCUCUGCUAGACUAUCUCAUUAUGUACACAUGGAACAAAUUCACAGGGGGAAUGGCUGUGGGAGAAAGCAGAGGGCUUAAAAUUUAAAUAUGGGUUAUUCAUAAAAAUUUUUAACACAACUCAUGACAGUUAAAGAAUGAGUUUAAGCUGAGCUGAUGGAAUAUCAUUGAUGUGACAUAAUUGAACAGUGUAGAUAGUAGGAAUGGAGGUAUUAAGGAAAAUUAUUUAAGAGUAUUCAUAAAUAAAAUAUAAACCCAAUGCUUGUAGUUUGCAACUAUUCUGACACUAUAUCUACUAAGCCUUCUGGAUAUAACCAAUCUUGGACAUUGCUGUCAUACAGAAACACAGACACAUGCUUUCUUUCUUCUCUGGUGUGUUUGUGCUAACACAUUGGGGA